GGUUCCAGCUAUGCUCUCUGGGUUUCUCAGACGCUUUCAGACAUAUGUCGUCACACGACGCGCAUUCCCGUCAGUCGUGACGUUAUGUGAUGCCUUUCACCAACACCGCUUUCAACUAUCCCCGACGGGUCCCUUGAAGAGUAGUGUCUCAUCAGGUAGACUGGACCGCGCGACGAUCUGUUUCGGCGUUUGGACGUAGCGCUUCGACACCCGAUGCAACACGAAACGGAGAGGGCCAAAGGCCAAAGCAACCAGUAUAGGCUAUUGGAAAUGCAUAGGCUCAGAUUUUCUGCAGCUUCGCAAGAAGUAUGCAAACGCUGGAAUGACUGACAGAUAAGGCUGAGAAAUACUCGACGAGAAGAUGACGACGUAGAAGUAAUCUUCAUUGCUUUGCUUCACGUGACAUUGAUCGACACGACCAAGUGCCACACCAAAUAGAAGCAGAAGAAUAUCCCGAGUAAAAUCGCUACCCGAUAGUCCCAGCCCAUCUAAAAAAUUUAUCCGCUUGCUCUCGUGAUGCCGACUCAGAAGGAAUCGAAAGAGACGAAGCCAGAGAAAGCUGAAACUAAGGCCUCGAAAAGUGAUGGACCGAAGAAAGGUGCCACGACAGCUGAAGGAAAAUCCGCGGAGGAAUCGCCCAAGAAAGAAACACCCGGAAAACAUAUUGAGGCUCUCAAAGCGUCUGACAAGUCUAAGAGUAGCGAUGCUAGUAAAGUUACUCUAGGGAAGAGAAGAAAAUCGUUAUCAGAUUCAUCCAAGCUAACUUCCCCCGACCAGAAGACAACUGGAACACCAAAGGACGCAGAUACUACUAAAGUUACGGAAGGAGCAAAAGAAGACACAGCGAACGCACCAGGACCGUUCAAGACGGAAGAGCAGCCGAAAAAAAUCGAAACUCCCGGCAACGAUGGUGAACAGCCGGAGGACCCCACAAAAACUUCCAACAAAGCAAGUGAGAGGGGACCGGAACAGAAAGCCAUUGAAGAUGGCGAGGAGCGUACAGCAACAAAGGAACCUACCUUGACGACCAAGACCAUCCAAGAUGCUGAAUCGUCCAAGUUGAAAAAUUCUUUCGUUGGCGGCAUUGAUGUCGGGAAAGAAGACAAGCAGACGGAGGACGAUGCAGCCCCGCCCACGACAGAGCUCAAUCAACGCAGGCGCUGCUCGGACUCCAAACAGGGCACAACACCAGCAGAUGGGGGUCAACAAUCGCCAAAGGGAAACGGCCAAGAAAUGGACACAAAGUCGCAAACACGCAGAGUGUCUGUGAGCGCCCCUAGGUAUAAAAAUAUGGCGUCGCCUACGCCAUCUGGCUCAACGUCCCCGUUGAUUGAGGAGGCUGUAAUCCACGCCAUAGCCGACGAAGUUGUCCAUCUUUUGCGCGAAAACUCCGCGUUUUGCAGCCCAACACGCCCCACAAAGGCUCCCACACAACCAGAGACAGCUCCGUCCACAAGCCCAUCGCUGACCUCGAAAGUACGGCGCAAGUGGAACUCUCUGCUCUCCUCAACGCUUGGACUGAGGUCUUCAACGAGAGAGACACCUCUACAAGAAUUAGGAACACCGGCAUACGAAGACGCUUUAGAUAGUUUAGAUGGCAUGGAGUUUGGGGAACGAGAAUACUACUACGAUGCUAGAAGACAAUCGGCAGGAGGUGGUUUGGAAUUGGCAGCAGGUACUCCUCCACCCGAGGGAUCUCAGUCACCGCUGGUGCUUGUAACGGCUCCUCAGUCUCCAAUGGAAGACACUCGUCAAAGACCACGCUUAGAAAUAACCCAAGUACGAGACCAACCCACUCCACAUUUUGCAGAUGAAACCACUUACUAUACGCCCUCUCCGCCAUAUUUUGAUGCACCCGAGUAUCCAACUCCUCGGGCAGGACCCAGAUCAACUUCUAGGUUCGAUAUAUCGAGAGGGCGGCCCGAAUAUCUUUCCUGGCGUCGCUCGCCCGUCGCUCCAUUAGAACAAGAACCAUACACGCCAUAUGCGACUCCACCUCUUACACCGGCGCGAACCAAACAUUUCAGCACAACUCGAGAUGCCGAAACUUGGACCACCAAGUCGAUUGCAGAACAUGAACGACGACCUUUCACCUUUCAAAGGAUCCUAAGGGACAGAGCAUUCCACUUGGGGUAUGUUCCUCGUGUACCACAACAGAUAGCAACUGAAACACUGGCGAUACCGCGAUGGAGCGAACCAUACGACAGGGGCAUUCCACCAGCAGCAUACCAAGCUGGGACGUCAAGAGAAAUCGUCUCAAACGUCACGGGUCAUCCGUCGGCACGGUUUCAAUGGUUGGCCCCAGAGGCGGGUCUCACAAGGCCGCCAUAUCAAUUGCCGGAGGAACAUAGGCAAGUUAACGGUACAGCUCUUGGAACCCUCAGUGACAGUUGUACAUCCGAAAGGGCAUUUAUGAUCAUGAAUGGCAAUUAUGACAUCCUGAGAGAAGAAUCUUCUCUAGUAUCAACCACCGCGGGACAACCAGAAAGGGCACCUUCCAAAUUGCGCACGAGAGAUAGCAUCAGUACAGAAUCCCAAACGGCCGCAAAACGGCUGCGCUUCGCCGUCACCAUAGCAGAGAACCUUCGAAGCGCUUCACGCGUUGUACAGCAGCUCAACUAUGACAGUAAGGAAGAACAACUGAGAAGAGACCUCGUUGCGGCAGACUUACUUCGCCGCGCCGCUCUGGCGAGCAUGGACGCUCGAGAGGCAUCCCGCGCGCUUAUGGAAGCAUCCCCGGACUUUGAAGAAGAAUGUUCCGACGAGUACGUUACAGCAAUGGAAAGCUUCUCUGAUCAGUGUCCUUCAAGAACAUUCUCCAUCCAAUGGAAAGACCCUUUAAGAACGUCAAGUGUGCCAUUGAAGGAUUCCUCCGCUAGCAUUCCAGAAUAUGACGAGAAGAAACAACUGAUUGCGUUCGCUUUGUGUGCCUCUGCAGACACUAAAACCACCCGGUGGCGCGGCAAACGUCAAGAAAAUCGUUUGCCAUUGCCAGGUGCGUGUAAGACUUGCGGACGCCUCCCACCCUCGAACGUCGUUACUUUGGAAGACGUGGAAAAGUCGGAAGACGUGGCUGGGACUUGGUGCAGUGACUGCCUAGAGACCACGUUCUGGAAGCCACGCGUAAAUGCGAGUCCCAAGUUAGAGCCGGUAAAAACAAUGCAGUUUACGAGUGAGGAGGGUGAGAAAGUUGAACCGGACGCCGCCAAAGAGAACACUAGAGACAAACUGAAAGGGAGUAUCGGAGAACAAGAGAAUGUCCAGGCGGACGUCGUGGAAGAAAUCUCGAAGGGCGCUGGAGAGAAGAGACCAAGCGAUGGAUGCGCAGCGACGAUUGUGCAGGAACGAUUAGCGUCUCCAGAAGCUCCUGGACCGUUACCAAACGUAUCGGACACGGUUGACACAAAGGGCGCCGGAGAGAAGAAGACACCAAGCGAUGGAAGUGCAGCGACGAUUGUGGAGGAACGAUUAGCGUCUCCAAAAGCUCCGGUACCGGACGUACCGGAAACAGUUGAAACAAAAGGCGAGGACACCCAGGAGGUGUUUCCUGUUUCGGAGAGUCCGGAAGUUAUAUACCCUGAAAGCAAAUUCGUUGCCAUAGUAUCCGUCUGCUGUCUCCUAUGGAUACUUUUACUUUCACUGACCUCAUUUGUUGGCCAUCGGGUCUCGGGUGGAGCCCGCAACUUGAUCACUCAUUCCGACCUCUUUUCUCACGACAACAACAUUUCUCUUACAACGACAUCUCCAGGCACCGAGACGUCGUCACAAACAAAAAUUUAUUCGUUCCUCUGCGGGACCAAAAGUUGCACUCGACAGGCAGAUUACUUGAAAUCUAUCUUAAGCGGUGAUCCGUGCGUAGAUUUUUACGAUUACGUCUGCGGCAAGGUAAUCCGCAAGUGGGAGGAGGUUGGAUGGGUGUCUUUAUCGAGUGAUGUCAUGAUCGCCAGUCGCCUCGAAGAUAAGGCUUUGAAAUACCUGAGGGAUCCGGCAAAUACAGACGCCGAGGUAGCGAGGCAGUUAUUGAACGAAUGCGAAAGUUCCACCGGCGUUACCAAAGAAGAAAUAUUAGAUGUGGUAAAGUCUUACGUUAACUGGGAUACCUGGCUAAUCGAAGACAGAGUCUUAAAUAUUUCUGCUUGGAGAAUCGCGGCUGCCCUGGCGAUGGAACUGGGGAUCCAAGUUCUGCUAGAGACGAGUCACGGCACAGGCAGGAAAUUAAUAAUCGCUGGUCCUCCGCGUCAUCGGUUUUUCGAUAGCGAUAAGAAAAUUAUCUUCAACGCCGCUAGAAUCGUCACCGGGAGCUUGCUCGGAGUUGGAUAUGGAAGAGCUUUACGUGUCUCCCGAAACAUCGUUGACGUGUCGCAGAAUAUUUCCAACAGCCUCGCCUCAAAGCGCAAGCAACAUCCGCGUCUUCUUCCACUCGGUAAAAUCCAUCCGGGCAUCAGAACUCUCGUGUGCAUCAUCUACAGCGAUGACAUUCCAACAGCGGCAUUGUUUUCAGAAUAUAUUGACGACGUGACUCAGCUAGUAGAUUCCCGACCGGAAGCUGUUGUCGACUACUUGCUAUUUUGGCUGCUUCUUUUCUUUGCCCCAUAUCUUGGAGUCUCGGAGCUUGGAAAGCUUUUUCCUCGGACGCUUUCGUCACUUCCCUUGCAUCCAGACAGACACUGCACUCGGGCUGUGGAACGCUCUCUACCGGUGGCUUUCAUGCGAGCACUUUCGGCAUCCUUGGGUUCGAUGACUUCUGUUCGUCACUGGGUGACCCAAGUUGAAGGUAGGUUCCUUCGAGGAAUUUCACGGCUGCACUGGCUGCAGGAGUCAAACGAAGCGGAUCUACAGGUGGCCAAAGAUAAGCUUCGUCGUACUAGAGUGUCUCAUUUCUUUCCGCUUCGGGCUACAAGUAACGCGACGUGGAUAGCGUAUGAGAAGGAACUACGGAAGGAACUACUCCGCACAGACAUGAGCGCACUGCGUCGUCUAAUUGCUGCAUCGAAGCUACGGCAAUCAUUUAUUGCGUCAGCGUUCGAUACAGAACUCUUCAGUUCACGGCGACUCGUCCACGUGCCUAUCGGCAUACUCGACCCAAAUGCAUUGCAGAACAGCACCCUCUUUGUUUUUCACAUGGCACGAUUUGCCGUACGCAUCUACCGAGGUCUCAUGAAGCUUCUGCGACCCAGCAACAUAGAUGGAUUGAGCAGCGCUUCGACAACCACCAUUCGUCGUCUCUAUCGGUGCAUGUCUAUGCACUCGGAUGGAGUCUUUCUUUUGGAGCACACGGCGGCCGUCAUCCUUGCCCACAUUGCGUUCCAGGACCUGCUCCACCCGAAGCGUGUUUGGGGAUCGGACUUCCGGCUCAAAGGGUUGGAGAGUAUUUCCUCCGAUCAGUUGUUCUUCAUGCAUUUUGCUCUGGACAAUUGUGAGCUAGCAAUUCGUACUCGUCUGCCACCCGGGAAGCUGAUGGUCAAUAUCCCACUUGGACAGAGUGAAGCCUUCGCACGAGCAUUUGGGUGUAGGAGGGAGAGUCCUAUGGUGUCCAGCAGACGGUGUGACAUUCUUGCACCCUAGCUUAUAGUGUGUCCUCGUAUGUGAGUCUCUUGAUAUACCGAGCGGAAGGACAAGAUUGUAUUAUUCAAACUUAGGAACGGUUUUGAUGUAUAUGUGCUAUUAACGAUAAUAAACGCAAACUAAUUGUAA